AUGGGUUACACAUUAGCUAUGAUUGGUUGUGGUGUUAUGGGCCAAGCUGUUCUAUCAGCAAUUUAUAAUGCACCAAAAGCUGAAUCUUUAGAAGAGAAAACUAGAUUCCCAGCAAAGAUUAUUGCAAGCAAUUAUGAUGAAGAAAGUGCCAAGUUGGUAACUGACCUAAUUAACGGUUUUUCUGAGUCUCCAAACGGUAUUGUAGUCGAAUCUACAUGGGGUAAGAAUGAAGAAGUAGUUGAAGAGGCGCAAGUUAUAUUUUUAGGUGUCAAACCAUUUGUCGUUAACGAAGUUAUGGAACCAUUGAUUGAAAAAGUAUCUGGUAAAUUAUUGAUUUCUAUCUGUGCAGGAUGGACCAUUGAAAGCCUAUCCAAGUAUUCAAAUCAAGUUUCAAGAAUCAUGACUAACACUCCUGCCAAAUACGGUUAUGGCUGUGCAGUAGUUUCUCAUUCUCCACAAGUAUCCAUCUCCCAAAAGCAAAUUGUAAAACAAUUGAUCAGUCAAGUUGGUAAAUACGUUGAACUUCCAGAAAAGAACAUGGAUGCAGCCACAGCAUUAGUGGGUUCAGGUCCAGCCUUUGUUUUAUUAAUGUUAGAAUCAUUGAUGGAAAGUGGUAUUAAAAUGGGUAUUCCAUUGAAAGAAAGUAAAGAAUGUGCAAUGAAAGUCAUGGAAGGUACUAUCAAGAUGGUAGAAGAGAGUGGUCAACACCCAAGUGUCUUGAAACAUCAAGUCUGUACACCAGGUGGUACUACCAUUGCAGGUUUAUGUGUUAUGGAAGAUAAAGGUGUCAAAAGUGGUAUUAUCAGAGGUGUCGAAGAAGCCUCAAUUGUCUCUGCAAAAUUAGGUAAAAAAUAA